CUUGUUUUCUUCUUUCUCUAUGAAUAUACCUCGUGCGCCAAUGGCAGCCCAAGGUCAUUAUCUCGCGAAUCCACAGUGAAACGCGGUUCGUGCGCUCGACCGAAUAUGGCGUGGAGCCGAAAACGUUUCACCGACGGGCUGCCAAUGUCCGAUAGAGACAACUAUGAUGGCAGUGAAGGCAAAACACUGUUCACGGACGACAUCGACGUCUUGGACGUGGUUGACUUUCCCUGCCUCGUGGAUGACGACACAAUGAAGUUCCUGCGCAGCCACGGCCGCAUCUUGUUCCUGUCACGCGGACCUCCUGGGUCGGGUAAAGGGACUGUGGCCGAACGGCUCCAUGAGCUGUACCCAGGCAGUCGCAUAUACUGGUCCGAUAAGAUGUUCCUCACUCCUUUGGCUCCUCCCAGAACCAAGGAGACUCUGAGUCAGUCGCACGAAUUGUGUCUGCAAAAGAUUACAAAGUAUAUGCAGCAGAAUGAAGCAGUCAUAAUCAACAGAAACACCAACAUGACAGUAUGGGAGGCAUCUCCGUACCUGCGGAUAGCUGCCACCUAUGGCUAUACCGUGAUCAUUCUCAAUAUCGACAAGAACUUCAUACUGAAGCCCGAGGUUCUUGCAGUAACCAACAGCAAGGGGUUGGACCAAAGGUGGAUGACAAAUAGGCUGAAGCAGUGGGAACUUAUUUAUCCAUAUGCGAUGGGAUGGUCACCAAGGCCUCGGGAUGCUGCGUUCUUGCUGCGCCGUUACAGGAAGCUAUCCGCUGCACUAGCCGACAAAGGUAUAAUCCUUAAACCAGUUCAGUGUGAGCAGUUCUUCCCCUUCUGCAUUGCAAGAUUGUGCUGGUUUGGAUGGGAUGAGCGGGAUCGGAGCUUCUGCCACAGUGAACCGGUGGAGAAAGCUUAUGGUUCAAAAGACACUAUCACCGUUUUCGGCUACGCUAUGGUCUGUGAUCUGGUCAUGGCUGUUGUCGUGCUCACAGAAGCCCAAGCAGCACUUAUGGGAGGUAGUGAACAGCCAGCUAACUUGGAGACGGCAAUCUCGAGACACGCAGGCAAUCGCAAAGAGUGUGACGAAAUGGUGUGCACCGUAGGCCUGCAGACGUUUGUGCAAAAUGAAUCUGAUGAGACAGUGGUCUUGGAAGAAGGAGCGGUGUGCUGCGAGCUUCCACCGCCAUCGCGAGUGAGCUUCAUUCUCUUGGGCUCUGCCACUGACAAGGCCAUCAAGUACAGCAGUGCUCUGGCACGUGCCAGUCUUCUGCACCACCACAUGCACUCCUGGAGGGACACGGGUGCAGCGCCAAAGGUUUGUGCGGACACCGACGGCGUGUCCGUGUAUGGCAAGCUCGCAGAUACGACAAAUGAAACAUGUCUCCUAAUUGUAGACAAGAAGACUGUCAGGUUGGACACUGUAUUCACAGGCUACUACCAGGCUCACACGUCAAGGUCGAGUGGCCGUGAUCGAAUGUGGUCAACUGGCAAUGAUAAAUGUGAAUCGCAAGACCGUCGUACCUUUCAUCGCUACAUGCAAGGCACUGCUACCAUGCCGACACCUCCCAGAAAACCCAACUGCUAUUCAGCUGACGUCGUCCAGCGAGUGCUGGACUCUGUGGAUGCUCCUUGUCUCAAGCACGGUGGGACUCAGCAUUUUCUGCGCUACCACGGGCGCCUCCUUGUGAUGGUUCGUGGCCCUCCUGGCUCAGGCAAGGACAUUGUAGCGGCGAGGCUGGGAGAACUGUACACGAGCAGCAGCAAACAAACUGCUUUGUCAGAAGCUUCCAAGCCCACAACUACAUCUGUGCCACUGGGCGACCUAAACAAAAUGGAAGAUUGUAUGAAGGGUAAUGCACCCAUGCUGUAUUAUUACACAGAAACCUUAGUUUUGCAUAUUACAAGAUAUCUGGCCCUGGCAUCGAAGUAUGGAUACACGGUCAUUAUCAUCGACAUGCCACAUAAGGACGCCUCCGAAUCCAAGGCUCCGUACAAAGCCAUGGGCGAGUCAAACGAGAAGAUUCAGUGGGAGGAGGUGCAUCCCUUCGCCACAGGAUGGUCUCCAAGGCCCAAAGAUGCAGCACAGCUCCUGCAGCGUUUCCGGCAGAUAAGAAACAUCCUGAAGAAUGAGGACUCCACUUUGGCUCCCAGAGAUGUAGCCAGUAGCCACGUUUAUCCCUUCUGUUUGGCAAGGGUGUGCCUGUUUGGUUCUAGUGUGGCAGACAAGGAUUACUGCCUCAGUGAAAAGGUGAUGCAGGCCUAUGGGCGAAGGGAUACCCUUCGCGUGUUUGGCUACGCUGUAACUCAAGGCUUCGUGUUUGCCAUGGUAAAGCUGACUGAUGAUCAGGCAUCGCUCACUGGCCGCCUUGACAGUGUGGACGAAAAUAAUGAUGUAGGUGAAGUGACGCGCCAGUUGUCCCUAAGCCUCGGCUUCCAAACGUGGGAUGAAGUCGGCUGCAUCGUUGACAUGGCCAAGUUUACAGAAGGGUGUGAUGACGGGAACAAUUUGCACUUUGUUGGAAAAAGGAUCGGACUCGAAGAUCUGCAACCGUCGAGGAUCACCUUUAUGCCGCUUGGCUCGAUCGAUGGAACUGAAUACAGCUACAGCAAAGCUGUUUCCGCUCCUUGGCUACUGCUGUGCUCGAAACUGCGUUCUUGGAGAGCAGCUGAGAUCAACUGCGGGAGAACUAUCAAUGAAAUCGAAGUUUAUGGGUCAGCAGUGUCAACUGACAAUGAAUGCCUCCUGCUUGUUGAUCAUGCGACCACAGAGCUGGAUGUCGUCUUCACAGGCUACUACCAACCCUAUAGAACAUCGCGCAGCAACCACAGCCGAUCACAUGCGCAAAACACUGGCUCCAAAAGACUGCCUUUCAAUCAUGACGGUCACUACAAAGCUUUCAGUCAGUUUCACUGAGUGCUGCUUUGACUCUAGCAAGUCUGCAGGCACCAAAGACGUGCAGCGAAGUCGGGUGGAAAGUACUCCACCUUACAUUGACUCACUAUUGCCAUGCGAACAAUCACUGUAAAUCCUCGAUGCUAUUAGAGUCAAGUCUAUAUUAAUCGCGGUCUGUUUUGACGGAGUCUAUACCACUGAAGAUGUGCAGGAGAAAUAGGUAACGACUGUAAAAAAGACUAAGACAUAUAGAAAAUUACUUUGUGAUGCAGCUGCUACUUGAUCUUGUUUCAUGGUGCUGGCACCAAUAAAGAAAACUCGCUUGUGACUGG